AAUCUGACGUACUGUGAACUGUCGGUUAUAAUAGAUUUUAUGAAUUUUAUCAACUGCUGCAUACAGUGUGAUUAUAUGUAGGAAAAUGAAAAAGUUAUUCGACGAAUAAGAGACUAAUCGUUUUUCUGCGGCGCAAUAGUGUAACAACCAUCAGUACCAUGGUUAAUACUCGUAGAAAUGGAGGAACUCUGGAAAACAGAACAACAAACCUUCCAAUAACUGGGAGAAAAAUAAUUACUGCUACAGGUGGAAGUUCUAGUAUAAGUGAGAGCGAAUCGGAAGAAUCACAUCCUGAGGAUAAUUCUUUUAAAUAUGAUAAGAAAAUAUUGAGGUCUCAGAAGAAUCUAGGGCCAAGAGUAAGGGAACUGAGAAGUCGAUUCACAUAUAAUAAAUUCUCUGUUCGUCAUAGACAAAGUAAAAAUAUUGAAUCCAGGCAUAUUUCGAGUGAGCGUGGACUAUAUUCAUCCCGUAAAAUGCAGGAGGAUUCUGAUUCAUCAAAUGCAAUGUAUGAGGAUGAUAUAUAUUCAUUUCGAAAAAGAAGUCGUAAAUUGCAGAGGCUUACGUCAAAUUUAAAUAGAAUGGAGAGACGUAGUGCCCUUUCUUUGCGACCAAUAAGCAGGAAGUCUUAUGCUGACUCUCCGUUAGUUUAUAACACAAGUGAAGCUAGAAGAAUUUAUCCUAAAAGGAAUCGUACUGUUAGAUUUCAAAAUAUGUCCUGGUUAGCUGAUGACCAAAUACAUAAAAUGGGUUAUCCUAAUUUGAACACCAUUGCUUAUUCUGAAGAAGAUAGUCGUGACAUACCCGAGAAUAAUGAUACUGGCGAAGAAAAUAACAGAACAACCAGGCAGACCAGAAUAAAUAAGUGCAGAGUUGUAAAAAGUUCAAAAUAUGAAUAUGAUUCAGAUGAAACUGAUAACAACGAAAAACAACAUAAUAAUUCGUCAUUAUUGGAAAGUAGUUCUAGAAGUCAAAAAAAUUUGAAUGAGAAAGACAAAUUGGAGGUUCCAAAUGUAAGAUGUUUAAGAAGUCAAGCUUCACAUGUUAAAGAAGACCAAAAUGAUGAUAAUUCAGGUAAGAAAAAUGAACAUCAAUUGUCCCCUCUAUCAAAAGUAUCUGAAGAAAGUAGAGACAAUGAAGAAGAAAUAAAUCAAAAACACAAAGAAGAGGCAAGUAAAGAUUCUACAGAUUCAAAUCUACCAUUAAAGGGACCGAAAACAACAAAACCUCGAAGAUCGAGCCGCAUUGAACAGUUUGAAUUGCGCCCUAGGAGAACACGAAAAGGUGAUAGUCUAAGUACAGACUCAUCAGAAGAAGACAAACCACUUAGCAGGUGUAGACCGUCAGAAGCUGACAAUAGGCCUUAUUCAUUCAGAAAGAGACCCCCAAAACCUCCACCACAACAAAUAAGAAAUGAUUUUUCGGUGUCUGGGAACUCUCGUAAAAUAAAUAGGAAGCGUCACUUGAAAAGGUCAAGGCGUUCAUCUUCAUCAUCCUCCUCAUCAGAUUCAUCAGAUGGAAGUGUAAAGACGUAUAGUAAAACACCAAAAUCUUCUCAUUCCAAGAAUGAACAGAGGAUGAAAAGAAAAAGUACCGCUGGUGGUAGCAAUAUAUUACCUAUAGGACCGGAAACACUUGAUGGAACUGUACGCUUCGACAGUAUUGGGGGAUUACAUAAUCAUAUACAGUGUUUGAAGGAAAUGAUAUUGUUACCAAUGAUGUAUCCUGAAGUUUAUCAACAGUUUCGUGUGAAACCACCCAGGGGAGUUCUCUUCUAUGGACCUCCAGGAACUGGCAAAACAUUAAUUGCCAGAGCACUUGCCAACGAGUGCAGUUUUGGUACAAGAAAAGUUUCUUUCUUCUUGAGAAAGGGUGCUGAUUUACUUAGCAAGUGGAUUGGUGAAUCUGAGAAACAAUUGAGAAUAUUGUUUGAACAGGCUGCAGAGAUGAAACCAUCCAUAAUAUUUUUUGACGAACUUGAUGGUUUGGUGCCGGUUAGGUCGUCUCGAAACGAUCAGAUUCAUGCAAGUAUUGUAUCCACCCUUUUGGCUCUAAUGGAUGGAUUAGAUGACAGAGGCGAAAUUAUUGUCAUCGGUGCCACUAAUAGAGUUGAUGCUAUAGAUCCUGCUUUCAGAAGACCUGGACGGUUUGACAGAGAGUUGUAUUUCCCCCUUCCUGCACGAAAGGAACGUGAAGAAAUUCUCAAGGUUCAUGUAUCUCAAUGGACCAGACCACCAAACACUGAAUUGGUGUCCUAUUUAGCAGAACAAGCUGUAGGAUAUUGUGGCUCAGAUUUAAGAGCUCUAUGUACAGAGGCUGUGAUAAAGAGUUUUAGAAGAACUUUUCCUCAAGUUUAUAACUCUGAAAGUAAAUUAUUACUUCAACCAGAGGAAGUAGAUGUUAAGAAAUUAGAUUUUAUGAAAGCUAAAUCAGAAAUAAUACCUGCUGCCCAUCGGAACAACCAGUCUAUCAGAAGAAAAUUACUGCCAAUAUUAGAAUCUCUAUUGGGACACUACUUCAAAGAUAUAUUUGAUGUUCUAGAAAAUAUUUUUCCACAUGCUUGUCAUGAAGAACUGUCAAGGGUUAGGUUAUCAAAAAAUAUAAGGCCAGCACAGAUUCUUCUCAUGGGAAAUGGAGGCGAACAUGGUCAAACCCAACAUUUAGCACCAGCUUUAAUUUAUAACAUGGAACAUAUACAAUGUUACACCCUUGAUUUAGCGACUUUAUACAGGGAAUCGUCAAGAUCGCCAGAAGAAGUUACAAUUCAGAUUUUCACAGAAGCCAAGCGAAAUUUACCCAGUGUGAUAUUUUUGCCAUCUAUAAAUAAAUUUUGGAAUUUGGUUUCUGACACUACAAAGGCUAUUUUGUUAGAUGAAAUAUCGCAAUUAGGUCCUAACUUGCCGAUAUUGUUAUUAUGCACAGCUGAGACAUUAUACGAGGAGCUUCCUGAAAAUGUAAAAAGGCUAUUUUCAACUUAUCGAAAUGAAAUAUUCGAAAUAUCCACACCAUCGGCAGAACAGCGGAGAGCAUUUUUUAAACCCCUCAUUAUGGACGAUUGUUUAAAACCUGUAAAACUUCCCAGGCAGAAAUCCAAAACCCCGCCUCCUCUUCCCAAAGCACCAACCCCACCACCAGUUCCUCCUACUGAGGAAGAUUUGAAAAAACUUUAUGAGAAAGAAGAACACACUCUUAGGGAGUUGAGGAUAUUUUUGAGGGAUAUGUGUCGUAAACUGGCAAAUAACAAAAUGUUCUAUUUAUUCACCAAACCUGUAGAUAUUGAAGAAGUACCAGAUUAUACAACAAUAAUCAAACAACCUAUGGACCUGGAAACUAUGAUGAUGAAAGUUGAUCAUCACCGUUAUGAAUGUGCCAAAGACUUCUUAUCAGACAUAGAACUCAUCGUCAACAAUGCCCUUGAAUAUAAUCCUGCAAAGACAUCUGUUGACAAACAAAUUCGGCAUAGAGCUUGUAGUUUGAGAGAUUAUGCCUAUACCUUGAUCAAAACUGAAAUGGACAGUGACUUCGAGGAUAAAUGCCAAGAUAUAUCUAAGUCUAGAAAAGGAAGGAAGCUUAAAGUGAAAUGUCUCCCUCAAUAUUUAGAAACUGCCGAUUUGAUAUCUCAUUUAGAUGAGCCUAAAGAAAAUGAACCAGUACCGGAAACUCCCAGUGGUGAACAAAAAUCUCUAAAUAGUUCAGUUCAAAAAAUGUCAUCAAAGAAAAGGAAGUCAUCUUCGUGGCAAAGAGGAUAUGUAAAACCAAGGAAAAAAAUAAAAAGAGAAAAAGUUUGCCUUGAUAAUGAUGAUGAAGAAGAAAAAACUAAAUCCUCAGAUGAUGACUCAAAAGAAAAUAACUCCAUGGAUCCCACCAGAGAAGAUGACACUUCAUUAGAAGAAGUCUCUAAAACCCCAGAAAAUGGCAUUUGUGAUACUCCAGUCAAAGACAAAAGUUCUCUUUCUCCAAAUAAUAACUCUCACAUUCCUAAAAAAAGAUUGAGUGAUUCAAUGAAUCAGUCGCCAAUAUUAGAUGAUCCUUCCUUUUUUUCUGAUAUGGAACAAACUCCAAAUGAAGAUGAAAAUUCGGAUACUAAAUUGAGAAUCGAAUGUUCUACAGAAGAACUACAACAAUGUUUAGAUCAUAUUGUUGAAUCAACUGAUGGCUACACUUUGCAGUCGUUACUAGAUUUGUUCAAUCAAUUGAACAAGAUUGUCAUACGAUAUAGGAGAACAAGCUCAAGAAUUAAUUUACCCAAGGAAUUGGAAAAGGAAUUGAGCCGUUUCAAGAAGGAAGAAACUUUAGAUGUGAUAGAUAAUAUGAAUUUAAAAUCUAAUAUUGACUGCCUAAAUGUUUAAUGUACUUAAUUUUUCAAGACAUUGAUCUGGGAAUGAAAUCUUCCAUCAAUUUUUGCUGUAUGUAUUCUCAUUUUCAUAAGAUGGAUUUUUAUAUGAAAUUAGAUUAUCUUAACAUUUGAUAUUUUAUUUCCAUUUUAUUUAUUAAAGAAAACCAAAGAAGUAGUGAAAAUUUACUCACUGCCAUUACAAAGUCUGAUUAUGUUAAUUUAUACAUGAAUUUCAAUUCAUGGACUUGUUCAGUAAACUGUAAAAUAAAUAUUUUGAAUAUAUUUUAAUUCGGAA